UUUGGGACUAGGACCUGCACAAGUGGUCGCUAUGCCCCGCUGGGGAUUUUAUGCACGUUCGUCCAACGCAACAAUCCCGCAACCCCUCUAGUGAUAAAUAUGUCAUUCAACAUAACAAACCCACCACAAUCAUGGCAAAAACUCCGAAACUGAAGGCAAAGAUUACCUCAAAAUCCCUUCGCUCAAGGGCUGUAAAGCGAGCCGUUUCUCCAACCGAUGAAUCGCUAUUGAAAUCUCUUCCCAGAGCGGAGCCAAUCCCGACAUUCAAGCCACAUGUCCUAUCCGCGCAGCAUAAUGCCGGUAUUACAAAGAAGUCCAAAUCCAAGCAGCUGACUCGUGCCCAGCGGAGGCGGCAAGAGAAGGGAAUGGAACGUGCAGAAUUCGUCAUGGAUAAAACUGAAAAGAAAAUAGCCAAAAGUCUUGGUAAAGGGAGGGUUGUGAAAGAGCGAAGGGCGACGUGGGAGGAGAUGAAUCGUAAGGCCCUUGCUGCACUUGGCAAGCUGGUCUCAGGGGGUGGGGAUGAGGACAACGCUGAGGUUAUGGACGAAGAUGGUGCAUCAAAAGGGACAUCUACACAUAAAGCGAUUUCUAAGCCUUUACAACAGGCAGCGCCUGCCCAAAAGUUUGAAUUCGAAGAAGAUGGAGAAAUCACCUAAAGAGGGCUGGCUCUAUAUACUGUGGUAUCUGACAUCCCGAACGAACGGAACUAAAAGAAGACAGAAGAAAAACUACCGCAUUUGCCAGAGGGUUGGGGGAUUUUUCUAUUUCCUUGGCCUUAAUUGGUUGAUCAUUCGGUCAAUUUCACCCACGGCAAGACCGGAUGCUUUCCCUCUGAGCACUUCCAGGCUGUCAACGUCCUUGGCCUUAAGUGCCUCCUCUCCAGCCUUAACCACCAUCCCGCACUUCACCCACAUCUCGAUUCUCUCGCUGACUGGCAGAUUGGUGCACUUCGGAAUGAAAAUUGAUGCGAGUUUGGUAUUUCCGGCGCUUAGAAUUUCAUCGUAAAAUGGCUGGGGGAUUCAUGUUAGCAUUGACUCCAAUAUAUAUAGACUAAUGAAUGAAUGAAUAUAAAAUCAUGAGACAAAAUAAAAAUCAAGAAAAAAGAAGGGAAAUAAUAUUACCUCCCAUCCAAUCGGAGAUUUCUUGGGUUUCGCAAGCUCCUCAAGCUCUCCCCAAUCUCGUUUGGCUACCAAAGCCCUCAAUCUCACCCACCAAAAAGCCUUCUCCGGUACCUUGAAUUCACUUUGUAUUUUGUUCGCACGUUUUCCAUAUCCAGAUUUUAUUAAUCUGUACAUAGUUUCGUUUAUGCUCAGACCAACAAAUUCAGUACUGCCGUCCGCAAUAUCCUUAUCUAGUCCAUCUUGAAUUUUCAAGAGUUGCGCAGCUUCC